AGCCGGAAGCGAGCUUUGCACGGCGAUCGAGCGAGAGAGAGUACGUACACCACCGAACGCACCAUUCGGCAGGCAGGUCGCCUCGCAGCGGCUGCAGCUUUGUGCGCGCUCUCACUCCUCUCGCUGACGUUCAGUCGGCCCACUUUCAGGAGGCGGCCGGCAGGCCGCGACCUGCAUUGGGUACCUGCCUCACCGCCGCCACCGCCGCCUUGCACCGACAGAUGGUACCACAGGAAGUGCAAGAGACACCAGACAGAGUGCUCGCGCAACAGCAGGCUCCGUGCUCAGUGCAGCUACACCUGCAAUGUGUGCGCGAUGCCGUUUGCAUCCGAACCCUUCAGCAACGCACGGCUGGAAGCGCAUGCAAGGGUUGGCGCCGCAAUUCUGGCGCAGCCGCAGCAGAUUCCGUAUGCGCAGCUACUGCAAGCGACCGCGGGUCCGAGGCUGGCGUGGGGCCACCUCGUCUCCCGAAUUACUGGGCUUCCCCGAGCUCCACACGGCCACCCCCGAGGAGUUCUUCACUCACAAACUACUUCCGGCGGUCCCGCGCGGCGCCGGGGCGCAGCUGAUUGUCGACGUGGGUGCCAACGUCGGCCAGUUUGCCUUGGCGAUCGCCGAUGCGGGGCACGAUGGCCUCUGCUACGAGGCGUCGCCGAGCACGUGCCGCCAGCUGCAGGUUUCGGUGGCCGAGCACGAGGCCGGGCACAGGCGGCGUAUAGACGGAGGAGACGCAGCGAGCUUCUCUGGUCGGCGUCAAGGCAAGGUGACGGUGCGCUGUGUUGCGAUUGGAGCCAAGGCCGGACGCACGACGUUCGGCAUGAAGAGCAACGGCCGCAACGCCUCGUUUGGGCAGGUGAUGGUCGGCAGCACCAGCGCCGCCGACGCCGCGUCCGCGUCGGUGUCGGUGAGUGUGGCCACGCUGGACGAGGAGCUGCCCAACGCUUCGGUGCUGCUCCUCAAGACGGACACGCAGGGCUUCGACCUGGGUGUGCUGCGCGGCGCGGCGUCGCUGAUGCAGAGCGGCCGGGUGCGGCUCGUCCUCAUCGAGAUGUCGCACGAACUGCUGAACCUCGCGGGCGCCAGCCCGCUGCAGCUCAUGCGCCAUGUGGCGAGCGCCGGCUUUGUGUGCACCUACCUGCGGUUCUUCUCGCUCGUCGACAGGAAGCGCAAACGGUAUGGGCCGCGGCCGACGCCGCAGGGUGUGCUCGCGGCGCGCAGCCUCUCGUUUGAGCAGAUGGAUAACCUGCUCGAGUCGCUGCCGCCGUACAAUACGUCCGCGUGGACAGACCUGCUCUGCUGGUACUCUCGCUAAUGACAUCUCUCUCUCUCUCUCUCUCUCUCUC